AUGGUGAAAGUCCGGACUUCUCGCCGGGUCGCUGGCCUUAAACCGGGCGAUUACGACCACGAGAUCGACCUGGUCAAUCACGACGAGGCCGAGAAUGGCUGCAUAACGGCAUCUGCUACCAAUUCUGGGAGCUGCUCCAGUACAGCGCCGUUGGCGGCCCCGACGGACGAAAACGAGCCCGCUGCAAUCUCGCCUGGCCGCGACUCUGUCCAAGGCAUCGCGGGCAACGCUUCUCACGAACACCAAGGCGACCGGCCCCCAAACGUGCUGGAACAGGAUGGAGGCCGCCUAGAGCCGCGAGCCUCCCCCAAUCACCCGUCGACGCAACCUUGCAUCGAAAUCCGAGCUGCAACCCCAGAUGUGUUCGCCGAUCCCGUACACCGAAUAGUACCCAAACGCCCGCGCGAAAUCCGCGAGACUGCCAUCGACAUUCUCUACGAAAACGAACGAGGCGGCUUCCUGUGUGGCGUCGCAUUGUUUUCAGCCAAAGCCCUCGGCGGCCUUGACCCUCCGGCGUGGACUAAUGCAUACCAUAAGCCAUCGCCCACAAACAGACACACGGCAACAGUGCCAGAUCCAUCAUGGGAAUGGGUUUGGCCCGAGUGGCGCAUCAACUACCAAGAAGGUGUCGACGAGGGGGGCUGGGAGUAUUCAUUCGCCUUUUCAAAAGUAUUCUCUUGGCACGAGGCAAAGUGGUGGAACUCGUUUGUGCGGAGACGUGCUUGGAUUCGGAAGCGGGCCAAGAGGAAAACCACACCUACCUGCUCGCCUGGCGACAUUUCCAACGCUGACUACUUUACUAUACGACCAGCGUCCUACCGCAGUACCUGUCCGUCCAAGGCAAGCCUGGCUAGCAGCCGUGUUCCCAGUAGGUCCAGCAUGAGGCAAAAGUCUAGCAAGGCAGUGGGGGUGGGGGAGGAGGAGGAGGAACCUCUGGAGAUUGAGGAUAUAGACACCUUACUGCACGUUUUGAGCUCGACCCGGAUCGACCGGGAGAAGAGGGAGGCUGUUGAGAACUACCUCGAUCAUGCGGUAGACCUGAGCUCCCUCCAGGACGCGAUACAUGAAAUCAUGGCCAUUUUUGUUUUCCAGGCAUCUCGAAAGCAGCUGCUCGCUCAUUUGAUGCGCAGGUAUGACGAGACUGUGGGCAAAUUGGAGCAACAAGGCAACCAAGACGACAAACAUCUUAUGCAACGAAAAGAGGCGCUCGAAGCCGCCACGAAGCACGCAGACGAGGAAGUCAGCAGGCUUGCCUACUGGAGCGACGUCAAGAAGAUGGCCGAGAGAGGCGAGCUUAGGUUGUCGCUGGACAAAGACCCUGGAUGGUAUGAUGAGCAUCCUGGCCUAGACCGCAGCGGACCUAGUGAGCCAAGGAAGGGCAAGCUGCCUGGCUUCGAGGCCUAG